AUGGGUCAUGAAGAUCAAAAGGACUGCAAAGGUACAGAGGCGAUUGAUGAUCGACAGGUCCAGCGAUGGACUGGCGAUCGAGCGGAGGUCAAGAGAUGGUCAGGUGUCUGGACGAAGGUUUGGCAACAAUCAAUGGCUACGUUAAAGUCCGACGGCGGUCAGGCUGCCAUGCAGAUGUCAAGUGGUUAUCUCCGACUAGCUGACGGAUGUCAAAAGGAUGUGGCCGAAUGGAAGUCCAAUAGUAAUGGCCCAUGGAAGCUCCCCAUCAUCGAAAACUUGUACCAACUAUUAGGCGAGCAUCCACACCAUAGGCUUCAAAACCUUGCCAAAGCCUACGGCCCUCUCCUCCACCUUAAGCUCGGUGAGAUCAAUCUUAUUGUAAUCACAUCCAGAGAAUUUGUUCGUGAUAUUUUCAUAACUCAUGACCUCAAAUUUGCUUCAAAGCCUAAGUUAAUGGCAGGCAAGAUAAUCUUUUACAACAAUACUGACAUUGGCCUGGCACCUUAUGGCAAAACAUGGUCAAAACUACGUAAAAUAUGUAUUCUUGAAUUGCUUACCUUAAAGCGAGUUACGUCCUUUAAGUUGAUAAGAGAGGAAGAUGGAAAUAAUCUUGUGGAGAAAACUAGGAUGGAAGGGAGAUCACCUAUAAAUUUGUCAGCGAUGCUUUUAUCCAUUUCAAAUGUGACAAUUGCGAGGGCUGCAUUUGGGAAGGGAAGUGCACAACAACAAAUGUUUUUGUUGGCAAUGAAGAAGACGUUUGAGUAUCUCUCAGGAUUCAAUGUGGUUGAUUUGUUUCCUUCUUGGAGUUUUCUUGGUGAGAUUAGUGGAUUGAGGCAUGGGAUGGAGCGAGUUCACAUGGAAAUGGAUGUUAUUUUAAAUGAAAUAAUUGAGGAGCAUGAAGGGAAGAAGUUGGAUGGAAAUGAUACAAAGGAAGAUUUGAUUGAUGUUCGAUCUCUUGAGAAUUAA